AUGGACUCCAUCCACGGCACCAGCCAAAUCACUGGAACAAUGUCCAGGCAGAGCACAGGCCCUUCACGGGCCCCGAGCCUGAGGAGCAGAUUCUCCCGUCCCUCCACUCGACGGAACAGCUUGUCAGACAUCUCGGAGGUCUCGACCUCAUCGAUGGAGCCGAACGUCGGUGGAAAUGCGCGGCCGACCUUUUCUCCACCUUCCCACUCGCCGCCAGCACCUCCUCAUCGCCAGCAGUACCAAGAGCAGGAGCAGCGUCCGCGGCAACAACAAUACCAAGAGCCGCCGCUACGGCAGCCGCAGUAUCAAGAGCCACCACCGCGGCAACAGUAUCAGGAGCCGCCGCCGCGGCAGCAGCAGUAUCAGGAGCCUCCUCGGCAGCAGCAGUACCCGCCAGUGCCGCAGUACCAAGCUCCUCCUCCUCCGCCACCGCCUCAGCAACUACCACCGCCGCCACCCAGGACGGUCCUCAAGCCCAGUCGGCCAGUAGAGCCGGCGCCCGUCUACCAGGCCCAGCCGCGGUACUACGACGUCCCGGCCCCGCCGCCCAGAGCCUUCCCGGAGCCUAGGGAGCCAGACUUCUUCAGAGACCACGAGUACCAAUCCGACACCAGCUCGCUGAACCUCUCGGACAACACAGACGCUACGAGCGUCGUCUCCGACGCCACCUACAAGGCCGGCACCAAGCCCUCGUCAGGACCUCAGGCGGGCGAGUCCAGCAGGACCACGACCGGUAAGCACGUCGCCCUCUCCGGCCGGCGCGUCGGGCUCCGCUCGCGGCCCAAGACGCGCUCCCUCGUCGGCGUCGCCACCGGCUCCACCAUCUCGGCGGCUCCGUCCCUGCACAAGUCGUCGUCCAACGGCGGCAAGAGCAGGGGCGGCGGCCGCACGCUGCAGAUCGAGGUCCUCGCUAACCAGGCCACGCUCGAAGACAUCCGGCAGCGGCAAAAGAUUGAAAAGGUGCUCGUCGACCGCAUCCAGGAGCUCGAGAAGGAGACGCAGAGCCUGCACGAGGAGCAGACGACGUCCACCAAGGCCAUGGACGAGGCGCUCGAGAAGAUGUCGGUGCUGUCCAUGGGCCGCGAGGACGUCGAGCGCGAGCGCAACCAGGAGCGGGAGCUGCGCGAGGCGCUCACCAAGGAGGUCUCCGACCACGUGCGCAUGCUCGGCGAGCAGCGCGAGAUCAUCGACGAGCUGCGCAAGACGAUCGAGGACCAGGGCAAGAAGCUAGAGCUCGCGGAGAAGGAGCGCGAUAUCCUUACCGACAACAAGACCGAGCUCGAGAUCAAGGUCGCAGCUCUGGAGAAGACCAUCGACCAGUUGAAAGACGACAGGGGCGAUAGCGAAAAGCUCAUGAUUGCUCAAAUCGCUGCCCUCGAGCUGGCCAAGGAGGCCCUCACCAUUCGUGUUGACGGCCUCGACACGGAGCGAUCCACCUUGCAGAUGAAGCUUGAUGACAUGAAGUCCAAGUACGACGCUCUUCAGGCUGACUCCGAGAAGGCACAGACCGACAUGAAGACCCUAACCGACGAAAAGACUGCCCUCGAGGAAGAGAAAAACAGCGCACAGAAGCGCGUCGAGGAGGUUGAGGCCGAAAAGACCGAAUUAACCACUAAGGUGGAAGGUCUUACAACUGAAAAGGCCGAAGUCCAAACCAAGCUCGAUGCGGCCGAGGGUGACAAAGAAGGCCUGAAGAAGCAGAUCGAGGAGCUUGAGGCUGCCAAGACAGAGCAGGAGACUCAGAUCACCGAUCUGACCGCUGCACGAGACGGCCUCCAGGAAGAGACCGCGACGCUCAAGACGCAGAUCGCCGAUAAAGAGGCCGAGAUCAAAAAGAUUGAGGAGGAAUCCGAUGCCGAAGCCAACGGCCUCGAGGAGAAGAUCAAGAAGCUCGAGGCCGACAACGAGUCCCUCAAAGCGGGAAUAGACCCGGCCGCUGCCGAGGCCGCCGCACUGGAGGAGCUUCGAAAGAAGCACGCCGAGGAGCUCGAGGCCAAGCAGAAUGAGCUUCAAGAGCAAGUCGACAAGGCUGCCGCACUCGAGGGCGAGAAGGGAGAGCUAGAAGCGGCCAAGACAGCCCUUGAAGGUGAAAAGGCGACCCUCGAAACAGACAAGUCGGCGCUCGAGGAGGGCAAGUCGGCCCUGGAAGCCAAAGUCGCUGAGCUGGAGAAGGAGACGAGUGAGGUUGGUGUGCUGCGCGACCAGAACGGCAGCCUCGGCGAGCAGCUCAAGGCCGUCAACGCGCAACUUGCCGACGCCAACGCCGGAUUCCAGGCCUCUUCCAACGAGUUGCAAGCACUGCAGAUGCGCGUAGCGCAGCUUAAGGCGCGCCUGCAGGCGAACGACUCCAAGAAGCAUGAUGGCGGUAUCCGGAAGAAAGCCGGGUCCAAGGGCCGAGGGGAGGAAUUUGUCUUUGUGCGCAGCAGCAAGGACCGUGGCUCUAUGUCAGUACCCAUUCCUAUUUUCCCCUGGGUCGACUGGGAUGAGGAUAGCGACGAUGAUGACAAGGGGCUAACCGUUCGCAGGCAAGUCAUGCCCAAGGCUGAAUACCGCGCCUCCCGCAGCCCGUCCCGGGUCCGGCCGCCGACCGAGGCUGGAAGCGAGUAG